AUGAAAGUGCAGAGCCCAAAGACUCCUGUGCUGCCUAUGAAAGUGAUGAGUCCGAAGACACCCAAAUCACACAAGUCUGGCCGUGCAAGUUCGUCCUCAUUUGUGACACCCAUGAAGGCCACGCGCAAGACCAUGCUGAAGCUCACCCCGCCCAAGUGCACCAAGGGUUCACAGGUAGUUAUGAAGAAGCCUUCUGGCUGCCAGAUGGUUCUGAAGAAGCCGGCCGCGGCCAAGAUGUCCAACAAGGAGAAGAAGGCACGCUUUGAGAACGUGAUGUGCAAGAUUUCUUCCGAUUGGGAUGAGGUCAAGGCCCACAACAAGUUCUGGAAGUCAGAGCUGGAAAACCGUGGAUGGACAUGCACUUUGAAAUCGAAGCCACGUGACUGGCGCAAGUGGAACAAGACCUGUGCCGCAGCGGGGCCUGUCGGUUGCUACACGGACUCCGACAACGAGUGA